GACAGUAUGGCCGAGGCGAACGCGAGCUGUGAGUUGCAGGUCGCAUCCUGGAGGCCCGUAGAGGCCAGACCCAUACAAGGGAACACUGAUAAAUACAACAAUGGGCACAUCGGAUAUCAUAUCACGAUAGAGCAUCCAUUUGCUGAAGGCAUACCAGUGUCCAUUGCAGGAUCUAAUGUCAUGGCUCUGCCAACGGAUGCUCCAGCAGUGAUGAGCAAUGAGGUAAGCACGAGGAGGAGAGGCAAACUACACGGUGAGGGGCCGCAUAUCUGCAAGUUAGAUGGCAAGGUCUUCCGUCACCACGGAGAUCUAGUACGCCACCGGAAGACGAAACCCGGCCAUGCAGAAUACCAGGGUCCUGUCGUCUGGGUCUGUCUGCAGGAGUUCAGUCGCCGAGAUGGUCUAUACACGCACUUGAAGACGAAGAGAUGCCGCCGCCUCUUUCCUUCAAGAUAA